AUGGCUGUUGUGCCGGGGUUGUGCCCGCGAAUCGACUCCGGGUUUGAGCCUUCGGAGCCGUCGCGGACCAGGACCGGGAGCCUAGAGAAGCUCAGGCUUCGGCUCAUCUCGUACGAGGAUCUCCCAGCCUGGUACCAGGAUAACAAGUUCCUCCGGCACGGCUAUCGGUCGGUAUCGGACUCGACCAAGAGCUGCUUCGCCAGCUGGUUCUACAUGCACAACGAGACCAUCAACAUCUACAGCCACGGCAUCCCCGCCAUCAUCUUUCUCUUGGGCGAGUUCUACAUCUGCGCAUACCUCCGUCUGAAAUACCCGCAAGCCUCUGUCGGGGACUACUUGGUUCUUGCGUGCUUCCUCCUCACCGCAGCCAUAUGCCUGGGCUUGUCCACGAGCUAUCACACCCUCAUGAACCACUCGCAACAUGUCUCGGAGCUGUGGCUGCGCCUUGACUUUGUUGGCAUCAUCGUGCUCAUCCUCGGCCACUUCUUUUCGGGCAUCUACGUUGUAUUUUGGUGUGAUAUGACCCUGCGUGCAGCCUACUGGGGCAUGAUAGCUGCAUUAGGCGCGCUAUCCAUUAUAGUUCUGGUCUUGCCCAAGUUUCAGGGUCUGGAGUGGCGCACGUUCCGGCUCUGCUGUUUUGUUGGUACCGGCUUCUCUGGCUUGGUCCCAAUCAUCCAUGGCAUCAAAGCAUAUGGGAUCAACAGGAUGAUCCAGAUGUCCGGCUUGCCCUACUACUUUGGAGAGGGUGGUCUGUUUCUGCUUGGCGUCAUCAUAUACUCGACGAGGUUCCCUGAGUGCAUCAAGCCCGGGAUGUUUGACAUUUACGGCUCUUCACACCAGCUAUUUCACAUACUGGUUGUUUUUGCCAUGGCCGUUCAUCUCACUGGAGUCCUGAUUGCCUAUGACAAGAAUUACAACUCACAGGUGUGCUGA